GGUUUCUGUAACGCAAUUCCCCUCAGCGACAUUUACCCCCACCGGCCUAGACGCGGGCAAUCAGACCAUACUAAAGCGAGAUGAAGGUCUUGGUGCUAGGUGCUUCUGGCUUCAUUGGAUUGCCCGUUGCGCAGGCUCUUGUUCGCGCCGGACAUUCUGUCUACGGUGUUACCAGAUCCGCUAUGAAAGCUAAGCAGCUCGCUGCCGAAGAAAUUAUCCCCAUUGUCGCUGAGGUGUCGAAGCCUGAUACAUGGGUCAAUCACGUUGCGAACAUGGAUGUCGUAGUCGACGCUGUUGGAGGAAUGGAAAUCAAGACGCUCUCAAAUGCCAUGCUGUCUGCUGUUAGCCAGGCUGCGAAGGCGCACCGUCCGUCCGUUGCCCCCAAAUUGUCCUACAUAUACUCUUCAGGCACCUGGGUGCACGGCGACAGUCGCUCUGAGGUUGUCACCGACACCACCCCCACCACAAAGCCGAUGCCCCUCGUCGCAUGGCGAGUUGAGCAGGAGAACCGCGUCAUCAGCGACCCGAACGUGAAUGGCAUCGUCAUCCGCCCUGCCCUGCUCUACGGCCGAUCCGGGUCUCUUCUGGCUCCUCUCUUUAAGGGUGCCGCCGAGGGCAAAGUUGCCUGGCCUGGUACCCCUGGCGGCCGGUAUGCCUUGAUCCACUGUGACGAUCUUGCAGACCUGUACGUCCGGGUUGCUGAGAACUCGCAACUUGUCGGGGGUAAGAUCUUCGAUGCUGCUAAUGACUUCACGGAGAGCCAGGAGGACGUGCUGAACAAGUUGGUCGAGGUGAGCGGCGCGAAGGGACCUGAAUGGCUUCCUGCCGACAACCCAUACUACCAAGCACUGUCUAGCACGGCACUACUCCGUCCCUACCUUGCACGGGCUCUUCUGGGCUGGCAGCCAAGGAAGCCCGGCCUCGUAGACGGCAUGGCCACUUACUUCGCUGCCUGGAAGGCGACCUCUGAUACCAACGAGUCCACUGGCAGAAGCUUCACGGAGCACAAGUGAUUUGUGAAUAUACCCCUCAAGUUUAUAUGCCAUAGGCAUUUGUAACCGAGCAUCUGUAUGUACGUAAAACGCAAUGCAUAGUAUGUCUUAGCAC